AUGAUUGAAGCUAAAAGUUUAGUGAGGCCUUUUGUUCAAUCACAUGACAGACAUACCAAGCCACAGCACCGUGACAGUGGGUAUGACUCCAUGCCAUCAAGGCAGAACACAGGACAACUCGCACCAGGCGCUGGUGUCGUCCCAUCCACAUCUUUACCGCAGACUAUUCAUGAGCAUCGUGAUGAUCUAUCGGCCAACACCCGAUAUCCAGGCUUGAUCCUUCAACCAGACUCCUCUCCCAUCUCGCAAGAACAACUAGGCGCUGAGGUCAAGGGCAUUUACGCUGGGCUCGUGAUGGUUGAGGCUAAGUGUGUUAAUAUCGACGCGGCUCAAGCUGCUGACCCAAACUCGCAACUUGGUCCAGAACAGUGGCAAGCCUUGAUAGCACUGCAUCGAACUCUUCUUUACGAGCACCAUGACUUCCUCAUGGCAACCCAACAUCCGUCAGCUACACAGGCUCUUCGUGGCCUGCCCACAAAGUAUAGCAUCCCCGCGAGAAUGUGGAAGCACGGUAUACACACAUUUUUAGAAGUGCUUAGACAUCGUCGUCCACACUCACAGGAUUACAUGCUAGCAUUCAUCUAUCUGGCGUAUCAGAUGAUGGCUCUGCUCCUUGAAACGGUGCCGAGUUUCACUGAUACCUGGAUAGAAUGUUUGGGAGACCUUGCACGCUAUCGUAUGGCUAUUGAGGAAGAAAAGGAAGCUCAUGCCACAUGGGGAGGUGUGGCCGCUCGCUGGUACACCAUGGCGUCCGAUCGCCAUCCAGCUAUUGGCAGGCUCUACCACCAUUUAGGCAUACUUGAGCGACCCAGCUUGCGAAAGUUCUGUCUUUAUGCUAAGUCACUGAGCUGUGUGAUACCGUUUCCUAACGCGCGAGACUCACUUUCGACAUUGUGCGGUCCCAUCGUACAAGACGAGAAUACGAUUCAAAGCAGCAGUCAUUCCGUCGAAGCCCGAAUCGUGACCUACCAUGCUUUGGUCUACUCCAAAGCAGAGCAGAAAUUAAUCGACACCGUCGGAAACGACGCCCUCCAGCUUCUCAACCAACAACUACCUAAACUGCGAGACAUUGGCGCUUACUUGGCUGUUACGAAUAUUGCUGCUAUCUUUGAACUAGGAUCUCCUACAAACAUACUCUUCCAACAAUACGCCAUGGCCAUCAAUCGAGCAAUGCAAAACUCUCGACCCUCGAUGACACCUGGUGGCCUCGCCGACCACAAAAACCAAUUUCAGCCCGCUCUGACAAACGCAUCACCAACUCCAUCACUCGUUUCAACAACUUCAUUCUGGGAAAACACAUUCGCUUUGGCUUUGAGAAAUUACACUUCUAUAGAGGACAUUCUCCCAUACGUUCAUGUGAUGCUGGUCAGCCUUCACUCGUUGGACUCCCUCCGGACCCGGCUUUCCAUUGAUCAGACUGAAAACCAUACGAUUGACGCGCUCAACGUUGGGCGCCUUGCGUGGGAUGCGCUUGCGGAUUUCCUAAAUACCCUCGUUCGGUCCCAACCCAUCAGUGCCUGGAUCCUGGAAUGCGCUAGGCAGCGGGCUUUCCCUGCGCCAGAGCGCAAAGAGGACGUGAAGCCUUUGUCAGAGGACUUUUUGAUACGCGGUCUCAUCUGGGCUCAGUUUUACUUUGCUUCUGGAUGGUUCGACGGACAGACUGAGGAUGACGGUCGAUCGAUCGAAUCCGACAACACGCACAAGGCCCGGGUGGAGAGAGUCCUCUGGUUGGGUCUGUACUUGGCUUUCCACACGGAACCGCUGCACUAUGAUGUGCAGAGGAAAGUCUUUUCAGCGCCCAACUACGUGCCUCCUCCAUCCACGAGGGCGACUGCGCCAUCCGACCCUGCAGAGGUCGAAAUGGCAGAGUGUUAUACGGAGCAAACCUCGGACGCACCCAGUCCGAGGUCUCGAUCAUCGCUGGCAACCUCGUCCAGCCCGAGCAGUGAAGACGGCUUCACGUUUGUCAAGCUGCCGAAGCCAACUCAAGCUACCUCACAUUCCUGGGCCAACGUCGCAGCCAAGCCAGCGAAGCCGACCAGGGCGAGGAAGCAGAGACCAGAUGUAAACGCGUUCAAAGUCGCUGAUCAGAAUGGCAUGGCCUUGCAGCCGCCCCAUUCGGCGUUCACGACAUCCGCCACUUCCCAAAUGGAUCCUCCUUCAACCACCACCGAACAACCUCCCGCCAGCCGAUUCGUCUUGCCGACAGCUAUCUACCAGCCUUCGUGGAUGGUGGUGGUGGUGGACGAGAAGUCAAUGUCUGAGACCUCUGUCCAUCAUUCGACCGGCCGCAGACUACAGGCUAAACAUUCCCAGCAGUCCGGCCCCGGCGUCCGGCAUCCGGCAUGCACUCAUUUCUCCUCGCCGGUCGAAGCCAAGGCUUUAUUAGUGAUCUCAGCCUGA